AUGGCUUCAGCUGAUAAUCCACGUUUACCAUUAACAUCUCGUACUACGCCAGUUGUUAAAUAUAUGGAAAUGCGUAGUGAAACACCAUCAUCAUCAACUAGUAUCACUAUCACACCAAUGGCAUCAUCAUCUAAUCGAAAACAAUUAGAAAAUCAAAAUAGUUUAGCCAAAAAUGAAUAUGAACUUCGUCGAAUUUCAGCACGAAAACGACAUGUUGUUAAAAAAACUUUAAUGGCUAAUGUUGGCUAUCGUUUAGGAAAACGAAAAGAUUUACACAUCCGACGUCGAUUUAUUGGCGACUUAAUGUGUUUUCUUGGUGUAUUGGGAAUUAUUUUAAUGAUAAUUGAAUGUGAAUUAACAUUUAAUCGUCUUGAUCAUAAGGAUACAACAUUUAGUUUACUUGUAAAAGCAACUCUGACAUUCACAACAAUAAUUCUUGUUGGUCUUGUUUUUUAUUAUCAUCGUAUUGAUUUAAGUCUUUAUUGUGUUGAUAAUUCCAUUGAUGAUUGGCGUAUUGCAUUAACACAAAAAAAGAUAUUCUUGAUUGUAUUGGAAGCAUUUAUUUGUUUGAUACAUCCUAUCCCUGGUCAUUUUCUGGUUGACUGGAGUUCACAACAUGUUAAAAAAAUUGAAAAUGGUAUUAGUCUUUUUAAUCCAUAUCGGUCUAAUCAAAAUACAUUCGCUAAAUCUAUCGUAUUCAAUUUAACGACAAUUUCAACAACAAUUCAAUCAUUAUCAUCAACAACUAAUACAACUGAUUUAGCAAAAUCUUAUGUACCAAUUGAUGUUGUACUUAGUUUGCCAAUGUUUUUUCGAUUAUAUCUUAUUUGUCGUUUGAUAAUGCUUCGUUCACCUUUGGUUCGUGAUGCUUCGUCACAAUCACUUGGCUAUCUCAAUCGAGUUUCAUUUACAUUUCCUUUUAUUAUUAAAGCCUAUAUUCAACAACAACCAGCAUUAUGUUUAACAACAUUUUGUAUAAGUGCAUUUUUUAUCGCAAGUUGGGCUAUGCGUGCAUGUGAUUUUAAUGAAAAAACAGGACAUAUGUCAAUGGUUGAUGCAACAUGGUUAUUUACAAUAUCAUUUACUACAAUUGGUAUUCAAUAUUUGACUUUUCUUAUUAAUUUUUUGAUUGAUUUUGUUUGGUUCUUAGGUUAUGGAGAUAUUGUACCGUCAACAUAUUGUGGACGAGGUAUUGCUGCUAUAACAGGUAUAAUUGGUGUAUUUUCAACUGCUUUACUUGUUGCUGUUAUUUCGCAAAAACUUGAAUUAUCAAGAUCAGAAAAAUAUGUACACAAUUUUGUAGCAAAUAUUGAAUUAGCAAAAGCACAUAAAAAUCAAGCAGCAAAUGUUGUUAAAUUUGGUUGGAAAGUUUGGUACUUAAAACGAAAAGGUAAACAUAUGUUUAUUCAAUAUAUUCAAGCACAACGUAAAUUAUUAACAUCAAUACAUUAUAUGCGUAAAAUAAAACAAGAACAACGUAAAUUAACUGAUAAUUGUGUUACUUUACUUGAAUUAUAUACUGUACAACGUAGUACAAGUACAACAACAGAUGAAACAUCACAAAAAGUUAUUUUAAUGGAACAUAAAAUUGAUACAAUAGAAGAUCAUUUGAUUGAAAUUAAUCAUGGAAUGAUUAAUUUACAAGAUAAAAUAAAUAUUUUAUUAGAUCGAAUUCAACAAAGAUAA